UUUGUGUUUAGCUGAAUAGUAAGAAUGGGAAGCUGUCAUAUGGAGAGAAGUAAGAGGCAACCGUCAUGACUCAUAAAUGUUACCGACAAGGCGAGGCAGAGAAGCAGAGAACAGUUCAGACUCUGUCAUUGCCUAGUAAUCGCCAUGGCCCCCACACUCUACUCCUUCGGGUUGUCGCCUUACUGCCGCUCCGUGGUGCUGACGGUGCGGGCUUUGGGUCUCGACGUGGACCUGAAGACCAUCGACUUGCUGAAACAGGAGCAGCUCAAGCCGGAGUUUGUGGCGAUCAACUCACAGCACACUGUCCCUACCCUGGUGGACGGGGACCUGGUGUUGACUGAGAGCCGCGCCAUCUGCACCUAUCUCAUCUCUCGCUACGCCAAGGAUGACUCUCUUUAUCCCAAGGACGUCAUUACAAGGGCGAAGAUAGACGGGCUUCUCUACUUCGACUGCUCCACCCUCUGCAUCCGCUGGCGUGCUGCCGUGCACCCGGUCAUGAAGGACGGAGCGGCCAAACCCAGCGAGGCGGCAAUGAAAAACCUAUACGAAGCUUUGACAUGGCUGGACGAGAAGCUGGCGCAACACCCUGACCGUUACUUGGCCGGCACCGCGCAGCCCACCGUCGCGGACCUUGCUAUCGCCGCUUGGGCCUGCACUUACACCGCUUCGAACUUCUCCCUGGCUCAGUACCCCCACGUGACCGCCUGGCUGGCCCGCUGUAGGGAGAAUCUUACUGGCUUCGACGAGUGUGAGGAGGGCGCGGCACAGUAUGCGGAAAUGUUAAAUGCUAUAAUUAAAUCAAGGGCUUGAGAGAGAAGGAUAGAGGAAGAGAGAGAGAGAGAGAGAGAGAGAGAGAGAGAGAGAGAGAGAGAGAGAGAGAGAUUGGUCUGAAGUUCCUUACGUUCUCCUUACACAAUAGAAGCGCGUACAGUGCAUUGCUUAGCUCCCAAAAUACUGCGGAAGAAGAAGCACCAGACGCGGGCGAGUCACGGGAUGUGGCGGUGUUUCAGCUGUGCCACUUGCUCAUGCCACGCUGUUGCUUCUCCUUAGUACUGCUGGUUAUACUGCUGGUUAUAAUACUUGUUGAAUGUUUUUGAGAGAAAUAUAUGAAAGUUAAGAGAGUAUUGUAAUGAACCUUUCCUCUUCUCAAGGUGGAGAAAGUGUGAUUAAAACAUUAUUUCAUUUUCACUGUAACCUUUCCUUAGUACUGCUGAUGUAAAGUUUGUUGAAUAUCCUUGAUAAAAUAUAUAUUAACUAAGGUUUCCACCUGUAAAAUUAUUAAAAAAUGCUUGCAAUUAAAAA